UGUGUAUAUAUAUAUAUAUAUAUGUAGAAUCAUUUGUAGAAAUACAUAAAUCCGAGGGAGAAGCACAUUUUAAGAUGUAGAACAGUUAAUAUUAUUGUGGUGUAGGCUGAUUUAUGGGGUUACCCUGGGUUUCUCACUCAUAAGGGGUUUAGCCUUACGGGUAUCUUCAGACCCCAAACACUGCUGGCCUGAGACAUCUUUAAAAUAUAGAUGGGGAAAUGCCCCAUGUACUUCUGUGGAUGCGUGAUGUCAUUGUGCCUGUUGCUUCUGUUGUUGUGCUUGUUGCUGUUGCUGCUACUGUUGCCACUGAUGGUGUUGGCAUCGUUGGGGGUGGAGUUGGUGCUGGUCAUAUUCUCGUCCCUGUGCAUGUUGCCUGUGGCAUAGUCGUUGUUGCUGUUAAUGUUGCUACUGUUGUUGCCGUCGCUACCACUGGUGUUGCUGUUGUUGCUGAUGGAGUCAGGGGUGCUGGUGGUGAUAGUAGUGCUAUCACCACUGCUGGUUCUGCUACUGUUGCCAUUAUAGCCAGCAAUGGAACUGGAUCCAUUGCCUCUGCUACUACUAUUAUAGUGGCCAAUAGGCCACCCAUAGUAUUCAAGAACCUGGUAAAAGGCAUCGGCAAGAGGAUUUUGAGCCAUUCCCCUAGCCAAGAAACCUUCGCUACAGCAGCCCCACACUAUAAUGAGGCUCUAGCUGCCAGUGAGUUUAAGGACCACAUCCCCUACAUGCUGGAACCCAACAGCCACAGAGGGAAGCGCCAGUUCUGUCACUGACUAUAACAGCAACAGCUGUGGAACCAGCAGUAGCGAAAGCACUACUAUCACCACCAUCACCAGCAGCCCCGACUCCAUCAACAACAACUAUAACAGCAACAACCACAGGCAACACGUGCAGGGACAAGAAUAUGACUGGCACCAACACCAGCACCAACAGCAGCCCUAACUCCAGCAGCGACAACACCAUCAGCAACAGCAACAGAUGCAACAACAGGUGCAACGACACCACGCACCUACAGAAGUACGUAGGGUGCACUGGGAACUCUCUCAAACAGCAUAUUUCCAAUCAUCUGUCCUCCUUCAGAGUCCUGGAAAGGAUAUACAUGACAUCACUGGCCAGACAUAUCUGGCAAUUACAAAACAAAGAGAUUCCAUACUUGAUUGUAUGGGAAGUACUCGAGAACUCAGGCCUAUACAUCACUGGGACAAAACAGAGCAAGUUAUGCAUUGCACGAGGAACCUUAAAGACUCAGGCCGAGUGCAGAUAUGAAUAGCAUAUAGGAACUGGUAUUAAGGAAGGAUAGGAAAAUAUUAGAUUUAU